AUUACAAAGUCUGGCCCAUUUUUUCAACAAAAACCCAACUUAUCACAACCAAACCCUAACCUUCUUAUUCAAACCCCCUUUUAUCGUCCUCCAUUUUUACCCUCAAAAACCCUAAUUUUCUCAUCACUCUGCUGCAGCCAUGGUUUCAGGAUCAGGUUUAAUGGCGAAAAGGGUGGUUGUCGAUGGUCGACAGCAUAUGUUGGGGCGUCUAGCCUCCAUUACAGCCAAGGAGCUUCUUACUGGGCAACGCGUUGUUGUUGUUCGUUGCGAAGAGAUUGCUCUUUCUGGUGGUCUUGUUAGGCAGAAGAUGAAGUACCUUCGAUUUCUUCGUAAGAGGAUGAACACUAAGCCUUCUCAUGGUCCUAUUCAUUUCCGUGCCCCUUCUAAGAUCUUCUGGCGUACUGUUAGAGGGAUGAUUCCUCACAAGACAAAGAGGGGAGCCGCUGCAUUGGCAAGGUUGAAGGUGUACGAAGGAGUUCCCCCACCUUAUGACAAAGUCAAGAGGGUGGUUGUUCCCGAUGCUCUCAAGGUGUUGAGACUUCAGAAGGGUCACAAGUACUGCUUGCUUGGCCGUCUAUCUAAGGAAGUCGGCUGGAACCACUACGACACCAUCAGGGAGCUUGAGGAGAAGAGAAAGGAGAGGUCCAAGGUUGUAUAUGAAAGGAAGAAGCAGCUCAACAAAUUGAGGGUGAAGGCUGAGAAGGCUGCCGAGGAGAAGCUUGGAUCUCAGCUAGAAAUUCUUGCCCCAGUCAAGUACUGAGCAUAAGAGUUGAAUGCUUGCGGUUUUGUUAAAGCUAGACAAAUCAAGUUGUUUUUUUUGUUUGGAUACUGCCAUUUGUGCUAUUAAAUCACUUUUGUCAUACUUCAAUUAUCAUAGCUAUCAGUUGCUUUGCUAUUAGAUUUGUAAUUGUUUGGCCCAUGUAUUAUGAAUCUAUGGUCUGUUCUGCUAUAGGAGACUUAAUUUUAGCUGAGGUUGGCUCAGGUUCAAAGUUUAGCUUAUAAUUUUACACUUGGCUAUAUUCUA